ACCGCUUCACCGCCGAAGGCAUACGCAACUACGCAUGUCUGGGCGGCGGAGGCGGCGAGAGCAGCAGAUUCUCUCGAUCGAGGAUUUGGGGCGGCGCUUGAGGCGUCAGGUCGUGGCCUGCGUCCACGUCAGGGUUGCGAAUAUCGCCGAUGCUUUUACCUCUAGCCCCGCCCGCCGUCCUCACCUUUUUGUCCUACCGUGCCAUUUCCACCGUCCGCAUUUACCUUUUCUGUUUGGGCGAUUCCACACGUACUCUACUUAUUACUGGGCGGUAAAGCUGAUUAUCCGUUUUCCUUUCGGAAAACACACCAGAAAAGUCAUAAACGCCUGCAAAAUCAACACAGGGCGAUCGAGCUAAGUCUGUGACGUGAGAUUUGAGAUUUUCUUUGACGACCUCGUGCGUCUGGUCGUGAUGUAACAGACGGCUAGAGGAGAGGCCACCUUUCCUUUUCUUUGCGACGAAGAAAGAGGAAGGGGCACGAAACGGAGUUCCCUUCCGUUCCAUCUCCUUUCUUAGCCGCGUCACCGGGAGCGUACACACCCGUGUAAAUGCAACGCCAACAGACGCACACACACAUAGCACCAGCUUUCGGUUGGCCGGCCAAGAGCAGCAGCAGAAUCUUCAGCCGGCACUGACCUUUUCCUGACUUCAUUUACGCAGUAUUCAUAUACUAGCACAUACACACACCUAGCUACUACAUAUUCGACGGCAUAUCAUGGACACAUGAAAGGGAGGGAAACCAUCUCCCAGCCUGAGACAAGUGACAGCCACGCCCACACGGGGUUUGAUUUCGGUUCGUUCCCGUUCAUCGGUCAACUCGAUUGGACCCGACUUUUCUUGGAACCUCCCCUCCAAGGAAAGGAGACCUGAAUCUGAAUGCAACAAGCAAGAGCCUACAUGGGGCGACGACGACGACCACGACCGAUCGCCCGUUUCUUGGUUGAAUCGGAGAUCGACGCAUCGGCGGCAGCCACCGCCACGGCCAGGGCUUCGGCGGCCGUGCUCACCGCGCCGCUGUCGCUGGAAGGGGGCCUCGCGGCGGAGCUCCGUCCGGCCAACCUUGUGCAGCGGGUACUCAGCCUCUUCGGGAACGUCAGGCCAGGCUCCGAUCUCUCACACUUCCAGCUGCCUGCUACGUUCAACCUGCCAAAAUCACAGCUCCAGUUGUAUGGGGAAGUAGUCUACUGCGACGGAGGUGACUACCUGAGCAGAUGCGGCACAGGCAAGGACAGCCUGGAGCGGCUCGCGGCGGUUGUCGCGUGGAGCAUCUCAACGACGAGGCCGCCCAUCUUCGGCUUCGCGCCCUACAACCCGGUCCUCGGAGAGACGCACCAUGUCUCCAGAGGGUCACUCCACGUCCUUCUUGAGCAGGUGUCUCAUAAACCCCCGGUCUCUGCACUUCACGCGACCGACGAAGGCGGAAACGUCGAGCUUAUCUGGUGCCAACACCCGGUGCCGAAAUUUCAUGGUAGGGCACCAGAACAAAAAAUACAGGCUUCAGCAAACGUUGCUAUACAGGCAAGGAUGCAAACUUACCUAAACUCCUGCACCCCUUUCAUUUGCUUCACUGAAGGUACUAGCAUAGAGGCAACGGUGUACGGCAAGAGGCAAGUCAAGCUUCCAAAGUUCAACGAGACAUACGAGGUGGACUGUCCGAACCUGCUCAUAAGGUUGCUGCCUGGGCCCUCCGUCGAGUGGUCCGGCACCGUCAGGAUCGCCUGCAAUGACUCCGGGCUCGAGGCAGAAUUGAGCUACCACAGAAGCAACUCCUUCAUGGGAAUGGGAGGCGACGGGAGGUGCGUUAAGGGCAAGGUGUUCCGUUCAUCGAGCCCGGAAGACACCAUCUGCGAGAUCGAUGGCUACUGGGACAGGACUGUCUCGCUCAAGGAUAUUAAGAGUGGUGAGGUCUCGGUUCUCUACGACGCGAACCUCGCCAUCGCUAACCUCGUCACACCGGAGGUUAAAGAUGAAGAGGGCUUGUCAUCUUCGGAGUCGGCGGUCGUCUGGAGUGAAGUCAGCGAGGCUAUCCUGGCAAAGGAUUGGGAGAAGGCUAGCGAGGGGAAGCGGAAAGUCGAGGGCACAGCUAGGAGCCUUGAGAAAGAGAGAAAUGAGAAGGGAGAGGUGUGGAUGCCCAAGCACUUCUCAUUGUCCCAGGACAAGAAUGGGAACUGGGAGUGCUGGCCACUAGACAAAUCAGUGCCUCCAGCUCCUAUCGUUGUACCUUCUUCUUCAUGACACUGCAUUACAUGUAACAAUGUUAAAUUAUAUAAUAAAGCUGACCAUUCUUUUUUUUUUA